AUGGAGCCGGACACAGAAGAAGACAACGUGCGAAAAAGGGCCCACGAGGACGACGAAAAUGGCGCAGAGGAACAACCGGCUCGAAAGAAGAAUAAAGCAAAGCGCACCUAUUUUGUGCUUCCGUUGGAAGGGAUUCGUAACUGCGAAGGCGAUCUCUUUCAUCAUACCGGCCGGCGUGCACUUUGCGAAAAAGGACUGCAACGGCUUCAAGAGGCCGGAAUCACCAUCAAGGCCAGGCGCUUUGCAAAGGCUGAGGACGAGACCAUUCAACGGAAUUGGUAUGAGUUUGCCGAUCAAUAUGGACUCGACGAAAAAGACGUUCUGUACCUCUGCGGCGUCAAUGCAAAGCCAGGACCCACAGUGAUGGACGAGCGUGGAGCUUUCAUCUUGAAGACGCACUUCUUCCCGAGAAUGUGCCGAAAUUUGGAGCACCGGACUGCCACAGCGGUAAUUGAAGCGGUUCUGCGCCUUUACGAUCCCGUUGCGAAGGAUCCAAACAUCGACUAUUCUUUGAAAUUCACGAAAGAGGAAGAUGACAUGCUUCAGGAAUACUAUCAAAAGGGAUGGACCUUCUUUAAAAUCGCCGAGGCAAUGAAGAAGCCGAAGGCACGAGUCAAGUCGAGAAUCACGUAUUUCCGAAAGCAGGGCCUGACCAGGUCCAAGAGCAUCCGACCCACCGGGGCUACUAUAGAUGAUUUCUAUUGGAUGACCUCAUACACUCGUUCCCGCAAUCAUCGGGGUUAUCCGAUGCCUGAGACCGGCAUCUUGGACACGAAUGGCGAUUUCUUCCAUCAUGGGAACCCAAAGUACGAAGUCACGCUGCCCGUUUUGGAACGCCUGCAGAGCCACAACGUCGUAAUCCAAGCCAAUCGGUUGACCGAUGAGGAGAAGCGGAAAGCUCUUCGAAAUGCGACGGAAUUCAAUAUGAGCCGGUUGCUUUUUAUGUCGGUGCUCCGCUAUGCCAAAUAUGCGAAGGCUUUGUAUAAACGACAUUCGGAUAAUUGGGAAGCUCCAGACAAUCGCUUUUUUGAUUGGACCCCCCGACAUCGAGAACUAUUCACGGAUGCAAAUCGAUUCUGGCCUAGGCUUUGCGAAGGACUUCCGGCACGUACUACGACGGCCGUCUGCACGGCGGUUUUUGCGGUACUCGACCCGGCCAACGAUUUUCCCGGUGCAAUGGAUCCGCUGACCCAGGAGGACUACUACGAGCUCGACCGGCUUUAUCGAAUUCAUCACAGUGGAUCGGACGUCGCCGUCUGGAUGGGAAAACCCCUAGCUAGAGUACGUGACCUGCUUAGGCUACACAAACGUCGCUCGGUUCCUCUGCGACGUGCGGAGCGUCGACGGCUAUGGAAUAUCUUGGCGCAGCAGUAUACGGGUGGUGGGCCAAAGUUGGUGCGAAAAGAAUUGCGGAAGGGCAGGUCGAAAUUUGAUUGCAAAAUGAUUGCCAAGCUGCUUGGACGACACGUCCACGUUAUACGCGACGCUUGGCGAGAGAUCAUCGACGAUUUCCGGGAGCAGCUUAAGGAGAAAACGUUCGAUGAUGCCGUCGAGGAAGUCAUCCCAAAGCCCUAUCGAAUCACCGGCCGGGAAUUUCACGAUUUUCUCGAGCUUUUCAUCGACUACAACCCGAAUGUGAUUAUGCGUUACAUGAAGUUCCGGGACUUGGACCGUCUAAAAAUGGAACAGGGAAUGGUUCGCCUUGGUCUCACCGGCUUCUACACGGGAUUCCGAACCGAAUUCCAGCAUUGUAUCUGGCUACUAGGGCAAGUCAUCUACCAAAUUUGCGCACAACUGAAGCCGGUGGUCGACUUGACGACCGUUGCGAAGAAGGAUGCGUUGAAGGUGCUCUCCAAGUGUUUCGCACGUCAAGGCGACAAGCCUUUCCGCUAUUUGCGCACGAAGGACUUUGUCGAUACGUUGUUGAAUCACAUGGCCGAGAAUCAUCCGGAUUGGCAGCCACCGGAAGGACUGCUCGAUUGGGCGGAGAGAUUGGCCGAGUUGCAGGAGAAAGAUGCUCAUUCGAUGGAGCCGGACACAGAAGAAGACAACGUGCGAAAAAGGGCCCACGAAGACGAUGAAAAUGGCGCAGAGGAACAACCGGCUCGAAAGAAGAAUAAAUCGAAGCGCACCUAUUUUGUGCUUCCGCUGCAAGGUAUUCGUAACAGCGAAGGUGAUCUCUUUCAUCAUACCGGCCGGCGUACACUGUGCGAAAAGGGUCUGCAGCGGCUUCAAGAGGCCGGAAUCACCAUCAAGGCCAAGCGCUUUGAAAAGAAUGAGGAUGAGAUCAUUCAACGGAAUUGGUAUGAAUUUUCCGAUCAAUACGGGCUCGAUGAGAAAGACAUCCUGUACCUAUGCGGCGUCAAUGCAAAGCCAGGGCCCACAGUGAUGGACGAGCGUGGAGCUUUCAUCUUGAAGACGCACUUCUUUCCGAGAAUGUGCCGGCAUUUGGAGCACCGGGCUGCGACGGCGGUAAUUGAAGCGAUUCUGCGCCUCUACGAUCCCGUUGUGAAUGAUCCAAACAUCGACUACUCCUUGAAAUUCACGAAAGAGGAAGAUGACAUGCUUCGGGACUACUAUCAAAAGGGCUGGACUCUCUUUAAAAUCGCCGGAGCAAUGAAAAAGCCGAAGAUGCGCAUCAGGGCGAGAAUCGCGUACUUUCGCAAGCAAGGGCUUAGUAGGUCCAGAAACAUUCGCGCUGCACAGACUCCCGAAAAUGAUUUUUAUUGGGCAACUUCGUACACGCGGGACGAACGUCGAGGAUUUCUGCUUCCAGAAUCUGGCAUACUCGACGAGAAUGGCGAUCUCUUCUACCAUGGGAGUCCGCGGUUCAAGUUGACGCCGCGAUGCAUCGAGCGUUUGAAUGCUCACCACGUCGUGAUCGAGAGGACACGAUUUACGGAUGAGGAAAAGCGAAAAGCUCUUCGAAACGCAACGUAUACAAAGUAUGCUAAGGCAUUGUAUAGGCGAAAUGAGGCGGCCUUGAAAGCGCCUGAUGAGCGAGUCUUUGAGUGGACCUUCCUACAGCGACAACAGUUCGCAAUUUCUAACCGAUUCUGGCCUAGGCUUUGCGAAGGGCUACCGACUCGUGUCACCGAUGCCGUUUGCAAAAUGGUUUCUGAGCUAAUCGAUCCUGCGAACGAUUUCCCGGGUGCGAUGGAUCCGCUGACGCAAGAGGACUACUACGAACUCGACCGGCUUUAUCGAAUUCAUCGCAGCGGUGCGGUGACGGCUGUUUGGUUCAACAAACCUUUGCGCACCACGUUGUCAGCCCUCCAGAACCAUAAGCUCCGCACACUGCCCCUGAGACGCUUGGAACGCCGAAGAUUGUGGAAUCUCCUCGCCAAACAAUACCCUGGCCGCGCCGAGAGAUUGGUGCGAAAGGAGCUUCGAAGAGGCAAAUCCGGGAUUGACUUCAAGAUGUUGGCUAGAAUGAUUAGUCGACAUAUUCAUGUUGUCCGUAACGCCUGGCGAGAGAUCAUCGACGACUUCAGAGGAGCUCUCGUCGCUAAGACUUUCGAAGAAGCCGUUGAGGAAGUCAUUCCAAAGCCUUAUCGAAUCACCGGACGGGAAUUUCACGAUUUUCUCGAGCUUUUCAUGGACCUCAACCCGAAUGUGAUCAUGAGGCAUAUGAUUUUCAAAGACGUGGACCGUCUCAGGAUGGAAAGGAGCAUGCUUCGCAUUGGCUUGACCGGCUUCUACACAGGGCAUACAACUGAGUUCCGGUUUUGCGCUGUACUUCUGAGGACGGUACUUCGUCUGGUUUGCCGCAACCUAAAGCCGGUGGUCGACUUGACGACGGUGGCGCGCAAGGAUGCUUUGAAGGUGCUCUCCAAGUGUUUCGCAGCUCGCGGCGACAAGCCUUUCCGUAACCUGGCCACUAAGGAUUUUGUGGAUACGCUGUUGAGUCACAUGGCGGAGAAUCACCCGGAUUGGCAGCCACCGGAAGGGCUGCUCGAUUGGGCCGAGAGAUUGGCCGAGUUGCAGGAGAAAGAUGGUCCCACGAAUAUGAAAGCGCGUAGGAAAGCCGAGACGAAUGCCUCGGAAAUUGGCCAGAAUGAAGUGCUCGUCUCCCUGGCGCUAGGAGCUGUUCACUGUGCCCUCGUCACGCUCGUCAACCGCGUCGUCCCCGACCCGUACAUGGACGAGAUUUUCCACAUCCGCCAGACGAGAAACUACUGCGCCGGCGUCUACACGUGGGACCCGAUGAUCACCACCCCGCCGCUGCUCUACGUCUUGGCGAUGCCGUUCUGCGGGUGGGGCGAGCGGUAUCUGAACUCGCUGCUCUUCCCGAUCACGUUUUUGGGUUGCUGUCGGCUUCGAAGAAACUUUGCGAAACCGGACGAGCCAGUAAUUCUACCGUCCUUGGCAGUAGUGUUGUUACCGGUGCUGCUUCACUCCUCGGCCCUCUUCUACACGGAUCUGCUCUCGCUGUGCCUGGUCGUGUGGGCGUUUUCGGUACGAAGCAUUCCUCUGUCCGCCCUGUGCUUCUUCAUCUCGCUGUGGGCCCGGCAGACGAACAUCAUUUGGGCAGGCCUCUACGCGGCCGUCGUUCUGCUACGCCGAAUAGAUACGUCGAAGCCGUUUAGUUCAGGGUUAAAAGCUGUCCUCUCCCUCGUCCCAUAUCUGAUCCUGGCAGCGCUGUUUGCCGGCUUUGUCGUUUGGAAUGGCGGCAUCGUCCUGGGAGAUCCGAAAGCCCACCAGCCGCAGCUUCACUUUGCCCAGCUGCUCUACUUUGCCGUCUUCUGCUGCUUCUCCGCGUCGUUUUCGAUUCUGCCGCACUGGCGAGAGAUCCUCUCCUCGACGCUGAGCCUCACCUCACUCGCCCUCGGCGCCCCGGUCUUUUUCGUGCUCCACAAGUUCGCCCUCACCCACCCGUACCUGCUGGCCGACAACCGCCACGUGCCAUUUUAUCUGUGGAGAUGGAUCCUCUCCAAGCCGACCGUCCGCCAGCUUCUCACCCCGAUCUUCGUCGUGGCCUUGUUGGCGAUGGGCCAGCUGAGUCGACGGGUGCCCCCUGCUCAUCGACUACUCUUCGUCCUCUGCACGGUGGCUGUGCUCGUCCCCGCCCACCUGAUCGAGCCCCGCUACUUCAUCGUACCGUACGCCCUGUGGAGGUUGAGUGCUGAGACUCGGUCGACGAUUUGCUGUCUUUUGGAAGUGUUAUCUCAGUUGUGCAUCUUCUCCGCUCUGUUCUGGCUCUUCCUCUACAAGCCGUUCGAGUGGGCCCACGAGCCGGGCCCCCUGCAACGAUUCAUGUGG